AUGGCGGCCAACCCCGCGCUGGUGCAGACGGGGGCCGGCGAGAUGAUGCCGGCGCCGUUCCCCAACGAGGCCUUCAUCCUGCGGCGCCCCGGCUGCGGCUUCGAGAUCGAUAGCGUGCGCACACGCAGCGGCAAGUGGUCUGCCAAGGGCUGCAUCUACCUCUCAAACGUCCGCCUGGUCUUCCUGGCAGACAAGCCGGACGAGUCAGGGCUGGUCGGCUUCGACCUGCCCCUGACAUACAUCAACAACGACAAGCUCAACCAGCCGAUUUUCGGGUGCAACAACCUCGCGGGCAAGUGCUGGCCUGCCGUCGAGGGCGGCGGCCCCGCGGGCACGCUCGCGCCGCACGACUGGAAGGUCUUGUUUAAGAGCGGCGGCAUCGGUACGCUGUACCCCCUUUACUACGCUCUGGUGCAGCGCGCCAAGCGCGCAGAUGCCGCCGCCAAGCAGCAGGCGCCUGGGGUGGCGCAGGAGGAGAUCACAAAGAUGGCGCACACGGCCUUCGUCGACCCCAACGACCCGACGACGGUGUACCUCACCCAGCCUGUCGGCGAUGAACAGCGGCUCAAGGAGCAGCCCAAGUGA